AUGACGGCAGUCUACGUGAGCGGGUUCGAUUUUGAAACCCCGGAGAGCACCCUCGAGCACCACUUCGGUUCCAUCGGCAUGGUCAAGGAAGUGCGAUUUGUCGGAAAGGGCAGCGCAGUAGUAACUUACGACAGCACAGCUGACGCAAACCGGGCAGUGGACGAGCUGAACAACACCACCAUGGAGGGAAAUCGGCGGUAUGUGAACGUGAAGAUAGACGGCAAGGGCAAGGGCAAGGGCAAAGAUGGCAAAGACGGAAAGGGCUACAAAGGUUACAGCGACUAUGGCAAGGGCUACGGAAAGGGCGAGGGCAAGGAUUAUGGCAAGAGCCGAAGCAAGGGUAGGAACGACUAUUCAGAAAGUGACAUGGUUGAUGGCGUGGUGGCGACCUUCCACGACGACAGGGGCUUUGGCUUCAUCUCACCCAGCACAGGUGGAGAUGAUGUGUACGUGCAUUUCUCAGCAAUCGAGACUGAGGAUUCCUAUCGCACACUUUCUGCGGGUCAGAAUGUGCGCUAUGUUCCUGGGGAAGAUCCCAAAGGCAAAGGCAAGGGAAAGACCAAGGCGGUGUGCGUCAUUCCGAACUGA